AGGAGAUGACCAGAGACUACGGACAUAGUACAGGAGAUGACCGGAGACUACGGACAUAGUACAUGAGAUGACCAGAGACUGCAGACAGUACAGAAGAUGACCAGAGACUGCGGACAUAGUACAGGAGAUGACUAGAGACUGCGGACACAGUACAGGAGAUGACCAGAGACUGCGGACACAGUACAGGAGAUGACCAGAGACUGCAGACAUAGUACAGGAGAUGACCAGAGACUGCGGACACAGUACAGGAGAUGACCAGAGACUGCGGACACAGUACAGGAGAUGGCCAGAGACUGCGGACACAGUACAGGAGAUGACCAGAGACUGCGGACAUAGUACAGGGAUGACCAGAGACUGCGGACAUAGUACAGGGAUGACCAGAGACUGCGGACACAGUACAGGAGAUGACCAGAGACUGCGGACACAGUACAGGAGAUGACCAGAGACUGCGGACACAGUACAGG